GGCAAUGCUCUGGAUUAGCAGGCCAUCAGACCAAUUGGGAGGAUGCAUGGCGCAUCGGCUCCUCGCUCGCGGGGCUUUCUUGCUUUUGCCUUGGGCUGCCUAGUCGAGAGGAACGUCACGUGCUGAUGCUGCGCCUUGCACCGGCGAGGGGCCUCAGGUCAUUCUAGGAGCGCAGCGCAGCGCAGCGCAGGCCUUGCCAUCUUUACUGCUGAGGAAGCCAGUUGAUGUCAGCAGGAAGCCCCUGCAAAAAGGAUCAUGACCUUAAGAGCCUGUGGCUUGAUUAUCUUCAGGAAAUUGCACGAGGUGUCUGCUGCUGCUGUCGGGGACAACAUUGAAUAUCUUCUGCUGCAAACAUCCUACGGGACUCAUCACUGGACCCCUCCAAAAGGCCAUGUGGACCCAGGGGAAGAUGACCUGCAGACAGCCCUCCGGGAGACCCAGGAGGAAGCUGGGCUGGAUGCUAGUCAGUUCACCAUCCUUGAAGGGUUUAAGAAGGAACUGAACUACACCGUGAAAGGCAAACCCAAAACGGUCAUUUACUGGCUGGCUAAAAUGAAAGACAACAGCGCAGAGAUCAGACUCUCGUCAGAGCACCAGGCCUUUCGCUGGCUGGCCCUCAAUGAGGCCUGCAAGCUUGCGGGAUACAAGGACAUGCAGACUACCUUUAGAGAGGCACAGCAGUUUCUCUGCUCCCAAGCGUGAGAGAGUGCAGGAGUGUUUUAGGGGUGAUUUUUGCAUGCCAAUUCUAUAAGAAUAAAAUCAGAAAAUUGGUAAA